AUGUCAUCAUUAGCAGCUCCUUAUCGAAUCGGUGUCGAUGUCGGCGGCACCAACACGGACUGUGUCAUACUGGAUGUUCGUACGACAAGCGCAGCAAAUCGCGGGGUGGUUGCUCUACAUAAAACCCCAACUACAAGUCCCAAUGUUACUGAUGGAAUAGAAACUGCCGUCUUCAAUGUCCUUGAGCAGGCCAACGUCCCAAGAGAUCAAAUUGCCUGUUUAACCAUCGGUACAACGCAUUUUAUUAACGCCAUAGUGGAACAUGAUGUUCGACGCCUAUCUAAAGUGGCCAUCAUCCGGCUUUCCAAGAGCUUCACAAAAGAGGUACCUCCGUUCUCCGACUUCCCGCCAGUUCUCAAAUCGAUUAUGAAUGGCUAUUACACCUGCAUUGAUGGCGGACUCACCAUUGACGGAGCGGCAGAAUCGCCUAUAAAUGAAGCCCAGGUGGUUAAAGAAUGUGCCAAAAUCAAAGAAUUGGGGCUAGAUGCAGUUGUCAUAUCUGGUGUAUUCUCCCCAAUCGACAAACACUUCUUCCAAGAAUACAGUGUUCGAAAGAUCGUUCAGAGAGAGCUACCGGGAGUUGAUAUUGUUUGUUCCUCAGAUGUCUCCCAGAUUGGAUUCCUCGAACGUGAGAAUGCAUCGAUUCUAAAUGCCUCUAUCCUCAAGUUUGCACGGCGCACAAUCCGAGGCUUCAAGGCAGCAAUGAAACGAUUGAGCUUGAGUUGUCCUUUAUACCUUACCCAGAAUGAUGGAACUCUGAUCGAUGCCACUUCCGCGGCAAGUCUUCCUAUACGCACUUUUUCCUCUGGACCAACCAAUUCUAUGAGAGGAGCGGCAUUUUUAGGACUUAGCGGGCAAGAUAAUACCGAAGAAGAGCGUACGGCAACAAUUGUAGUUGACAUCGGCGGCACGACUACAGACGUUGGAAUCUUGCUCCCAUCUGGAUUCCCCCGCCAGGCUUCUGCAUACGUCGAAGUUGCUGGCGUGAAGGUCAAUUUCGGCAUGCCCCAUGUAGAAUCCAUUGGCCUUGGUGGCGGUUCCAUAGUUCGUUCAAAGGGAGCCAAAACUACCAUCGGGCCAGAUUCUGUAGGCCAUUGCCUUAGCACCAAGGGCACCGUGUUCGGAGGAGACACUCUUACAGCAACAGACAUUGCUGUGGCUGCUGGAGCCAAAAUUGGCAACUGCGACUUGGUCAAGGAUAUGGCGAAGGAAGUGGUUUCCGCUGCGCAGGCAAGAAUAAAAUCCAUGUUGGAGACUGUUAUUGACCAAAUGAAAACUUCACCGGCUCCUUUACCUGUGCUGCUAGUUGGAGGUGGUUCAGUGUUAGCCCCAGCAGAACUAGAGGGCGUGUCCGAGGUCAUCUUCCCUCCGUUUUAUUCGGUUGCAAACGCUGUUGGCGCCGCUAUGUCCAAGGUUGGAGGUACGGUCGACUCCAUUGAGAGCACUGCUGAAAAGCCAGUUUCCGAAGUAGUGGAAGAAGCUAAAGCAAGGGCGAUUGAAAAAGCGGUUGCCUCUGGUGCCAUCAGAGAGACAGUGUAUCUGGCAGAGGUUGAUUCUAUGCCACUUCAGUACGUCGCAAACCAGGUCCGCGUUAUUGCGCGCGCUGUGGGUGAACUAUCGCCUGAAGGUGUCCCAACUCUAGACAACCCACAAAAUGGCGGAGAUGGUUGUGAAGGUGAUGAUACGAUAUACAUCGAAGCUCCUAAACAGAAUGUUGAGACCAGUGACUUCAAUAUUAACUCAAUAGAUGUUGCUACAUAUCGCCCGAAGGUCGUAAAAAAUCCUGAAACUGGGAUUCACGAAUGGAUCGUCUCCGAAACAGACGUCACCUGGCUUGCUGAUGGGUGUUACGUCCUAGGAUGCGCCGGCGGAGGCUCACCAUUCAGCGAACACCUUCGAAUACGUGAUCAACUACGAGAAGGACACACUGUACGUAUCAUUGACCCGUACUCUGUGAAGAAGGAUGCUUUGAUAUAUUGGGGUGGUCAUAUGGGCUCUCCAGCAGUCUCUGUAGAACGACAAGCAAACAACGAGACCGAGCAAUCCAUCCAUGCUCUUAUGGAGUAUCUCAAACACGACAGCUUUGAUGCCGUAAUGGGACUAGAAAUCGGCGGCGGCAAUGGUAUCCUACCACUUUCUAUUGGUUCAUCAAAGCAUUAUGACCGCCCUGUAGUUGAUGCCGAUUGGAUGGGCCGUGCCUACCCAACAUUCUGGCAAACGACUAUAUGUGUUUAUCAGCCUGGCGAGCUAGUGCCUUGCUCUAUCUUUUCCGCCAGUGGGAACACAAUUAUUAUGAAUAAGUGCUCAAGCGAUGAGUUUGUUGAUCGAGCAUUACGCGCCUCGUGUGCCGAAAUGGGGUCCAGUGUAGGUUUGGCUGCCCGUCCUACUACAGGAGAAAAGAUGUUAAAGUUUGGUAUACUUAAUACCAUGUCCCUUGCAUGGCGUAUUGGGCGCUGCAUCGCGCGGGCAAACGCCAGCAACACCAUUAGCACCGUGGCUGAACAGAUGAUUGACGAGGUUGGCGGUCCUGAAUCUGGUAAAAUUCUAUUCCGAGGAAAAAUUGUUGCCGUUGAAAGACGACUGUUUAAAGGCCACUCAUACGGCGAAAUCACAAUCCAACAAGUUCUCCAAAGCGAAAUCGAGUCAAAUGGAGCAGACCAACUCUCGGAGGAAAGCAGGCGAUCAUCAGUGCCUGUAGCUACAGGCGGUGUGUUAAAGAUUCCUUUCAAAAACGAAAAUAUCUACGCCAAACAUGUUUCAGAAGAAGGCGUCGAGAAAUAUGUGGCUAUGGUCCCUGAUCUGAUCUGUGUUCUCGACACGCAGUCCGGAAAGGCACUUGGAGUCCCUGAAUUCAGAUACGGCGUCAUGGUGACUGUGCUAGGAAUUGCAUGUUCACCACGAUGGUCAGAUACCGAGCGAGCCCUAGAAAUUGGUGGCCCAGGGGCGUUUGGAUAUGAGGAUAUCAAAUACGUUCCUUUGGGUAAAUAUGUAGAGCCAAAGAGCGUUGUGAUGGAGUAUGCAGAGCACUAA